GGGGGGCUUUACACUGUCAGUCGCAGCUGGGAAAAGUCAGACGAUUAGACAGAGACAGAGGAGAGGGAGAGACGAGACGUGGCCCUGUAAUUAUCGGAACCAGAAGCUGCAGAGAACUACUGCUUCAGCAUGGAUAUCCUGGAGGUGUUGAAUCUGAGCGAGGUCGCUCUUUAUUUUUCUAAAAUAUCCAUGUUCCCGUUGUUUGACCUGGCUUAUUACAUCGUGUCAAUUCUGUACUUGAAGUACGAACCAGGAUCGGUGAAUGUGUCCCGUCAUAAUCCAAUUGCCUCAUGGAUGUGUGCAAUGCUUUAUUGCUUUGCCAGUUACAUAAUGGCUGAUGUGCUGCUUGGAGAAUCGCCUCUCCAUUACUUUAACAACACUUCUCACAUCUUACUGGCAACAGCUGUUUGGUACCUCAUCUUUUAUUGUCCACUGAACCUUUUCUACAAAUGUGUGGCCUUCAUGCCUGUGAAGUUAGUCCUCACUGCUAUGAAGGAGGUGGUGAGGGUGCGUAAAAUCAGUGUGGGUGUUAUCCAUGCUCACCAUGCCUAUCACCACGGAUGGAUCAUCAUGGCUUUGGUUGGAUGGGCCAAAGGUGCUGGGGUUGCACUAAUCUCCAACUUUGAGCAGCUAAUUCGUGGUGUUUGGAAACCAGAAACAAACGAGUUUCUCAGCAUGUCCUUCCCAACAAAAGCUAGCCUUGUGGGAUCUGUUAUCUUCACUCUACAGCAAGCCCAUUGGCUACCCAUAUCCAAGCAUAACAUUAUCUUCUUGUUUACUAUGUUCAUGGUUGUUACAAAGGUAUUCAUGACAGCAACACACUCCCAUGGAUCACCUUUUGCUCCAAUUGAAGCUUUCAUCUGCCCUAUCAUCUUUGGGAAUGCGUGUGGUACCUACGGUGACCAUGACCGUGUUUGUUCUCGUGAUAAUACACAUAGCUGCCCCCCUUGCAAUUUGUCUCCCUACGCGGCCAAGACAAAGGAAGAACUUAAUGAAGGGACAAGGAAGAAGAAGUGCAAAAAGACCGAAUAAGCGAUGUAACUGCCAAGAUUUAUCAAAGUGUGCUGAAAGUGCAAUUUUUGGGACUUAGUGUGAUCUGGAAACUGUUACUAUGAGGAAUAUCAACAUUAUUGUACCCAUACAGUCUACUAGGGUUUGCAUUUGAGCUUGUCUGUCUCAUUAAAUGGAAAAAAUGUGAAUGAAUGGUACUUGGCCUGUCCUUCCCAGGAUUUCUCUACUGGCACUGAAAAAGAAUAUGUUUCCCAGUUUCACAUCCCACCUCGAAAAGAUAGACACCUUUGUCAUUUUCUUAAGGCCAUGUGGAUAUAGAAUGGGAAGCAAAUGGAAAUAUUCAUCUGAAUAGUCUGCCAAAAUUACCAAGGUGUAUGGUAGGAACUUUGUAAAGAUAAAUGCCUUAUUUGCAUCCAGCUAACAUUGUACCAGACCAGAGAGUCUCAUUUUAUCACUGUAUGCCCAAGUCAAAAUGGAUUGCUAUUUUCUAGUAUUGGUACCUAAUAGGUUUUGGACUGAAGAGGCAAAAGCAAACUAGACGGGUGAUAAAUCUCUGCUGGCGGUGGUGGGGAAUAGUCUCUGAUAAUUAGAGUAGCUGCAUUGUCCUCAUCCAGACACAGAGGAAAAGGCAGCCGGUACAGAUAAUGGAAAUGUAAAAAUCAGCUGGAAGUUAACAGUUCAAAGUUUCUAUUAACAAUACAGAGGAAUGAUGUAUGCAUGUUUUAAGCAUUAAUCUACUGAUAUCUAGGAUGACAGGUGAACUGCACCACAGAUAUCUGAAGUGUCACAAAAGGAAAUUUCAAAAUUUUAGUUAAAUUUAGGUCAUUUUGCCAAUUUUAACAGCAAUACAUUCUGUCUCUGUGAUUAUAAUUUCUUCAUACAUUUUACACACACACAUCCAUAAUUUUCAGAUAAAUGUACAAAGUAAUUUAUUAUCGCCAAAAUUACUGUGUAAGAAUUUGUAUUAUACUUCUGGUCUUCCAAAUGACUUAAUGUAAUAAAGUUUAAAUAUAA